AACUCACAAGACGAAAUACACGAAUUAAAAGUAAACGAACAUUAAGUAGAAUCUCCAAAAUCUCCAAAAAAAAUAUGAGCCUACAUAACCAAACAUAAACAAACAUAAAUAAACAUAGACAAAAAAUGCACUAAACUAACCCAGGCACGACGGAGUACAACCGCCCUCGAACACAAACAAACGGGAGAGCCAAGAAAGCCAAAAGAAAGAAAAUAGAAGAAAGAAGAAAGAAGAAAGAAGAAAGAAGAAGAAGAAGCCAAGACACGGCCGUCGUUCCUCCUCUCCAUCCCCUUCAUAAGUGCAAUAAGACAAAAUCAACAAGAUGGACGGGUCUCCGGAGCCAACGGUGAUCGCGAGGACCCUAAGGGAUUUCAACCAGUUUAUAUCCAGCGGCAAGAAGAGCGGAGACUCGGCCGUGGGCAGAGACUCGAGGCUGAGACUCGACUUCUCCGAGGCUUUUGGUGAUUCCUCGAGUUUUCUGGAGGACGACUCGAGGGUCAGCGUGGGAAGGUCAAGGAAGCGGCAGAUCGAUGAAAUGACAGGAUUAGACAUCUCAAAAAGGUUUCGAGAAAAGGACAGUGAGAUCAUAGAUGCAAAAACCACCAUAAACAGACUAGAAGGACGCAUUCAUAACAUGGAACUGUCAGCCAAGAAAGCAAAAGCAGAAAUGGAAGAAGAAUUGGAAAGAUUUAAACGGAAGCAGCAGAGAGACAAAGAAUUGGUAUGUCGUCAUUGUUCAUAUUUCUUUGUGAAUUUUGUAGCAUGCAGAUGGCUCUACAUGUGCUCAAUCCGCAAGGAGUCUAUUUUGAGCCUGGCAUGUUUUGUUGCCAUCUGUGCCAAUUGGGUUAUGAGUUUUCAAAGAAAAUGUUACAUGCAGGAAAUCACAAGUCUUCGCCAGAAAGCACUUUACCUUGAAAGAGUGAUGGAAGAAAAGACAUCACAGGUUGACCUCGCACAAUCCUAUACACAAGAUUUGGAAAAACAACUUGCUGUUGCCCAGCACAAGCUCAGAGAUUCAGGCGCAAGUCAGUUUGAGACAGAGGCACUAAAACUGCAGCUUGAUCAGGCUAAGUCAAAAAUUAGAAAAUUGGAAAUGCACCAGGAAGAACUUGAGAGUUUGCAGAGCAAAUCUGAGGUAUUUGAAACAACAGUGCGCAAGCUUCCUACCCUGGAAAAAGAAAUUGCCAAAUUGAAAGAGGAAAACAAGUUCUUGAGAGAGACAGCAAUGAACACUCAACUUCUUGAAGAGAGGCUGACAAAUGCCCAACAUCAAGUGCAGCUGCUCGAAAGUCGUUGUCAGGACAGUGCUUUGAUGCAAGCCAAGGCUGAUUCCUACAAGGAUGCACUGCAACAAUAUGAAAAAGUUGUCAGUGAAGAGCUUGGCUUAGCUCAAGCAACUGCCUAUGACUUACAAAAGCAGUUAAUGAAGCUGAAGCAAGGAGACCAAACGAUAGCAGAAGGCAUUGCAGAACUACGUGCAAGCCAAAAGUCAUUGGAAAGUAGCAGAGCAUCAGAAAGUGUUCAGCUGUUAAGCCUCAAAGUGAAACUGGAGAAACAACAGAAAAAUACUCAACAGAAUGCCCAGCUUAUUAAAAGAUUACAAAGAAAGCUUAUGCUUGUAACAAAGGAUGCACUGCAACAAUAUGAAAAAGUUGUCAGUGAAGAGCUUGGCUUAGCUCAAGCAACUGCCUAUGACUUACAAAAGCAGUUAAUGAAGCUGAAGCAAGGAGACCAAACGAUAGCAGAAGGCAUUGCAGAACUACGUGAUGCACUGCAACAAUAUGAAAAAGUUGUCAGUGAAGAGCUUGGCUUAGCUCAAGCAACUGCCUAUGACUUACAAAAGCAGUUAAUGAAGCUGAAGCAAGGAGACCAAACGAUAGCAGAAGGCAUUGCAGAACUACGUGCAAGCCAAAAGUCAUUGGAAAGUAGCAGAGCAUCAGAAAGUGUUCAGCUGUUAAGCCUCAAAGUGAAACUGGAGAAACAACAGAAAAAUACUCAACAGAAUGCCCAGCUUAUUAAAAGAUUACAAAGAAAGCUUAUGCUUGUAACAAAGGAACGAGAUAGUUUGAAGAGCAUUCUUACUUCUUACGAGUCUGAGGUGACUAUCAACUACUCAACAGUGAGCCAGAAAAGAAUUGUGAAGUUGGAGUCACAGUUAGAGUCUUACAAGGAGGAGCUGCAACGACUUGAGAAAGAGUUGGAUGCAUUCAAUAAGGAGUCUGAGGAAGAGAAGGACAUUCCCCAGAGAAAGGAUGAUGCGGAGAAAAUUUCUGCCCUCGAGAAGAAAGUGAUAGAACUCGAAAAAGAUAUUGCCAAGUUAACUCAAGAAAAAGAGACCUUGGAACUGAGACUUGAAAGCCGAGCGCUGAAGGGAGACUAUGAUCCCACCAAGACGAAGGUCAUACACUUUGAGAACAAUCCCUUUGCCAAAGCUGUGGAGAACCGUGCCACAGAAAUUGAGCGGCUGCAGACAGAAAAUGAUGCUCUGCGUGAGAGGGUGCGGCUCUUAGAGGAGGGAGAAAUGCAUGACAUAACCCAGAAGGUGGGGAUGAAAGUGAACUCUGAUGGUCCAUCUUCUAAAGAAAUUACAGAACUUCAAGAGAAAAUCACAUCUAUGGAGAUGCGCAAUAAACGCCUCAUGGAGGCCUUCAAGAAAAAAUCCCAAGCGAUACGUGAGGUGAUGUAUCGACUCACUGGUUACAGAGUGGAUGCUUGCUCUGAUAAUCAGUAUAAACUAAUUAGUAUGUAUGCAGAAUCUCAAGCAGACUAUCUGUUGUUUGAGCAAACAAAAAAUAAUGAAUUGCAGCUUCUCGAGACUGAGUUUUCAAGCACACUGGAAGACAUGAUUGAUGCUUACCUUCGCCAUGAGAACUGCUAUCCAGCAUUCCUUUCUGCCAUCACGUUGGACCUCUUCAACAGACAGACCAUGGAUCCCCCUCCUGCAUCGUCAAGUGAAGUAGAGGAGGAUGAAGAAGAGGAGGAAGAGGAAGAAGAAGAGGAAGAGGAAGAGGAGGGAGAAGAGGAGGGAGAUGAUCAUGACCAGCAUAUGGCUGAACCAGGACAAGAUAAUAAUGAUGAUGACUUAAUAAUACUAGACUAGUGUAUAUGUCGUUCACAAGAUGAGAUAGCUAACAUAUUCUUGAAAGCUGUUGUUAUUCAGCAAAAUAAUACAAAGUUCUUGUAAAUAUAUUUUCUUUUUUGUGUUUUAAAUGUCAAAAUACAGUACUGUGAAUACAUCUCAAAAGUUGUCAGUGUUAUAUCAUUACUAAAUAUUAUGAAAAACUUGCAGUACUUGUUUAUGCUUAUGGGACUUAAGUAUUUUUGCUAGGGCAUCAGAAAUGAAAUUGGGUUUCCUCGAAAUUUACAGACUAGAGGUCUAAAGGUGCAUUUGUAAAGAAAUUUUGAGUGCUGAUAGUGAUACUUCCAUUAUUUUUUGGGUGAGAUAAAGCAUUUCAUACCAGUAACAAGUACAAUAUCAUCAGCAUGCUAUUUUUUGUAAAUUGUUCAUACAUAAAUUGUGAUUUUAUAUCAAUAUGAUAACUCUUGACUGUUUAAUUUAAAUCUUUAUUUAGAAAUGAACCAGGAUUUCCCAUUUUGCAGGUCUACACAAUUUGUGGAUGAAUGAAAGGUUAAAGUUAUUAGGGGAAAAAAAAAGAAACUGUUUCAGAUUAGUCAAAUGCUUAAAAUGCUUUUCAGCUGAAUAUGAGAGCAGUAAAUGUUAUUUAAUACUAUUAUAAUAUUUAUUCCUAGCAAGGUAUAGGAAAUUUGUUUAUUUUUAUAAUAUAGUAUGUUCGUAAGAAUCAAGUUUCUUUCAAAACAUGGAUCAUAAUAUAAAGAAAAAUAGAGAAAAGUGGUUAAAUUGUUCCAAAGUGAAGUUAUGUACAUAUACUUUUAGGUAAGAACCAUUCAGUGGAGCAGAUACCAGUACUCUAACAACAAUCGAUGAAGGACUGUUUUCUAAGAUUUGUAUAUUUCCUUAAUUGUAAGAUAAUAAAAAAUGAAGUAUUGUCAA